CCAAAUACCCGGAGUCUUAUUCCCUGCAAGUUUGCUGCAGUGCGUCCAAUAGAUGCAACCAAAAUGGUACUAGAAUAUGGUACUUGAAUGGGGUAAAAUCUCUGAAGAUGAUGGAAAAUACACCCCUCUUAUCCAGCUGAAUAGCGAUGGAGUCAAAACUUUCUCAGAAGACAGCAAGAAAUAUGAGCUUUUUGUACCCCUUGUAAGGAAAGGGAACUGCACCUUGGUUAUCAAACCCACCGGUGCUACAGACAAUGGAGCUUAUGAAGUUUGGAUGACACUAGAUGGAGAGCUGUAUGAAUCGCUUUCCCGAACCAGAAUUACAGUUUCGGGUGGGUCACGGGCAUUAGGGUCCCGUGCAGAAGCUCCAACUACCAAAAUGACUCUAACAGCCAUAAAGAAUGCAGCUGCAAUGAACUCUAAAGAGCCAAUAGGAGUCAAGAACAGCAGUAACUUCUUUGCUUUACUUCUUGAAAAACACGGGAAAUCUGCAAUUAUUGUGGUGAUAGCGGUUCUAUCAUUUCUUACACUGACCUCAGUGAUAUCCCUGGUUGUAUGUUGUCUAUAUUGCUGUUCGGAAGAUAAAGAGCCAUCUGCGGAUGAAGAGACCCCAAAAGAGAGCACCCCACAAACAACUCAAGAGUUAGUAACCUGUUCAGAGGAGACCAGUCUCCAAGUUGAGGAUGAGACCACAUCUGAAACAUCUGGUCAGAAAAGGGGUGAAAUAGUAUCAAAUGAGAGAGAAGAGCCUGCUAAAUAUUCUGCUUCUGAAUCAGAACCAGACUCGUCAUAUAAAGGAUCAGAUACUGAGUCAGACUUAAGUGACUCGGGAUAA